UGUAAAUGAUGUAUAGAUCAGUGUUACAGAAAUCUGUCACAGUGCCAGGUGUUAGUGUUUGUAAUCACAUUACCCGUGUAUCCUCAGACCGGGUCUGGAUCAGUGAUUAUAAAGAUCUCAUCUUGACAAACACAGCAGGUGAUAAACUACAUCAUCUGACAGAUAUAGGUAGUUAUACUGGAGGACACACAGUGAACAAUGACGGUGAUUUAAUUUAUAUAGACAGACAAGGUAACAUCAACAAACUGUCUACAGAUAACACAGUAAAGACUACAUUAAUAAAGUACAACACAGCACCAUGGAGACCACGGUGUGUCUACAGCUCCCCCUCCACUGGAGACCUGCUGGUCGGGAUGUAUAAUACUGAUACAUGGAUAGGCAAGGUAGUGCGGUAUAACUCCACAGGAGAACACAUCCAGACCAAACAGUACAACAACAACACAGGUCAGAGACUGUAUAGAGAUCCUAUCUACAUCACAGAGAACCACAAUGGAGAUGUUAUUGUGUCUGACUUGCACCGUGUAGUGGUGACAGAUGGUGGUGGAAGUCUUCGCUUCUCCUACACAGGACCUCCAUCAGGAUCACGACUAUAUCCACGUGGAAUCUGUACUGACGCGCUGUCACACAUCCUGGUGUGUGAUCUAUACACCAAGUCAGUACAGAUGUUAGACAGUGACGGUCACUUCCUGUCACAGAUACUGACAUCACUACACGGGAUAGACAAACCACUGGGCCUGAGUUAUGAUGAUACCACACAACUACUGUGGGUAGGGUCAUACUGGGACAACACAGUCAACAUAUACAGAGUGGUAGAUAGAGACUCUCUGACAGAUGCAUUGGUUCCCACAGUGAGACUGCCUCCAUUGCCUCCAGUCCCUCCAAUGGGAAGCUCCAACCGUCUUCUCUCUCCAGGUACCCUGGGAUGGCCUAGAACUGCACGUACACAAGAAAGACAUCAACGGAAGUCCACCUACCCAUGGACAGCACCACCAGCCCACUUUACAUCUACAAGUAUCCUGGAACGGCUUCGACUUCCACAUACACAAGGAAGACAUCAACUGGAGUCCACCUACCCAUGGAUACCACCAGCCUUUUUCUCAUCUACAAGAAGUACCCUGGAACAACUUGGACCUCCACGUACACAAGAAAGACAUCAACUGGAGUCCACCUAUCCAUGGACUGCAACACCAGCCCAUGUCACAUCUACAAAGCAUCCUAUUAAAUUUGAAAGAGAAUUUGAUGAAUUGCCAAGUUGUUCGUCACGGACUGUCUCGGUGUCUGGAUAUCCUCAACCCAAAAAGAUACGUAGAACAGAAAGUGACCAAAAGGUACAAAUAAAAGAGACUAAAAAGGAAUUUAAAGUGGAUGCUGAUUUGCCAAGAGGUUCUACAGAGGUUGUUCCUGAUGAUACUUGGUUUUUUCCACCCAAAGAAAUUGUUAAAACAGAAAUUGAUCUAAAAUUUCUGCAAGAAGAAACUAUUAAAGGAUAUAAUGAAGAUGUUCUGGAUUUGUCUGGUGGUUCCAAAAAGAUUGUUCCUGAUGAACCCAUGUAUUUUCCACUCCAUAAAUAUUGGAAAACAGAAAGUGAUGUAAAAUUUCUGCAAGAUUACAGGGCCCCCUUGAACUUACAUGGAAUAUCAACACCUCUUAAAAAGUCAACAAGUAUGAAUCAAAUUGAUGCUUUAGAAAGUGAAAUCUUCAGAAGUGAAUUGGAGAGUGUACUCCGUAGAAUUGAAUAUGUGGACUGUAAUGAUAUUUGUGGAAGUUCUGUCAAGCAUUGCUCAAUAGGAAAAAUAGAGACUUGCAGUGAAUUUAGGACCCAGGGUAUCUUUGGAUGGACUAAAUCUUGCAGUGAAAAGAUAAUAGAGGCACGGGCCCAGAAAUGUAAAUGUUUCAUCAGUACUUUUUGUGUUCUAAUUACUAUUAACAUAAGGGAUGUACUUGCACAUGUAAAAGUAAAUGAACUGCAGUUUGCUGUAAAACAUUUGAUAGAUUUUGCAAUUGAAAGCAGGAACUACAUACUGCUAUCAGAGCUUGUGCGCUUGUAUGCAUUUCACUGUGACUUUCAGUUGGAAACGUUAUUUACGAAGACUUCUAAAAAAAUAAAUGCUGUUAUUGUUGACACAAUUUUACAGUCAGCAAAAUGCAUGAUUCUUAGAAAAUAUGCAAGUCUCCUACAAAAUUCAAUCCAAUUGUCACUGUGCCAUGACUGUGAAAAGGGAAAAUGUGUUACUAUUGUUUUAUCGUUUAAAGGCACUAUUGAAAUGAUUGAUAUAACCCAAGAAAAGGUCAUGGGGAAGAAAAUGUUCAUUUAUAAUUAUACAAACCCAUCUCAAGAAGCAUAUAUUGUUUUCAAGUCUUGUGCAACCUCACAUUUGAAGGAAACUUUGCCCCAAAUCUCAGAAAAAAAAGCAAGAGUACUAUUCCAAAGACAUUCCAACCUUACAAUGAUAUCAGUUUCACCAUGUAAAUCAAUAGGGUUUUCAAAAGGAAAUCACAGGGUCGUGAAAAAGCCUUGUAUUCUAUUCUUAUGUCUACAUAAAGGAUACAUUCCCUAUGGAGAGGAGGAGUUCCCAAGACAAAUUGGAGAUGUUGAAGUGGAUGUUCAGGAAGGUUUUUGUAAUUUUGGCAAUGGGGAGUUACUAGAAAUGGGAGGAGAUAUUCGUCGUAAAGGGAGUAAAAAUGUUGGGAGUAUUGGUGGGUUCGUCAGUCUACCUGGAAGUAAAAUUGGCUUAAUAACUUGUGCUCAUGUGGUUCUAUCUCUAAAAGAAUUGGAGAAGAGAGAAAUAGAUCCUUUAAAUGAGGUAGAGGCAUUUAUAAAUAGUGCUCACUCAUAUAAAGUUUGUGGGAAAGUUGUUCAUGCAGAGUUUCCUAAACCUGAAGUUUCUGGCGUGCAUUCACCGAGAGAAUCUAGUGUUGAUGCUGCCCUGAUUGAACUUGCAUCACCAUCAAGUGUAGCUGGUUAUCGAACAGUGACAGGGGAACAGUUACUGUCAGCAGGAUUUCAAACGGACAAACCACCAAAGUUCCAUGGGGAAAUCAUUCCAAUGCAUAACUUACCAAACUUAGUAUCUGGUAGUGUUGUAAAGUAUGGAGCCACUACCGGACUAACGCUAGGCUGUCUCUUCAAUGAGUGCAUGCAUGUUCGCAUCAAUUAUGAAGACAAAUUGAAGUUAUCUGAUAUUCUGGGAUCAAGUAAUUCUCCGUGUGAUAUUGUUGUAUAUAAUCAAAUGGAAAUUGAGAGCUUACGUGGACAGUUUUUUGAAUUAGGUGACUCGGGAUCCUUUGUGUUUUGUAUUAAUCAAGAUGAUACAAUUAGUUGUAUUGGAAUGGCAAUAGGAUACACAUCACGUGGUGCGUGUCUGGUAACUCCUAUAGAGAAUGUCUUGAAAUCUCUUAAUUUACCUGUGACAAGUAAUUGUAUCAUUCCAGUGGAAGCAAGAUUAUCUUCUAGUAUCAAACCAAGUAUGGAUACAAUGACAAUAUUAAAUGCCAUAUCACAGAUGAAAUCAGACUUUGAUAAACGUAUGGAUGAUCAUCAGAAAGAUAUCCAAAAACGUCUGCUUGAGCAGCAGACAGAUAUCCAAAAACGUCUGCUUGAGCAACAGAAAGAUAUCCAAGAUAUUAAGAAAAAUCAAACUAAAUUCAAUCCUUCAUAAAGUCAAUCAGACACAGGAUAUUCAUUCCAACUAAUAUUCAUUUAAGCCUAGGACUAUAUACCUGGACUAUGCAUGUACUUAAAUAUUAAGUCAUUUUCAUUACUUACGGAUACAUGUAAUGUACAAAAUAUAGUUUUGAACUUGAAUUGUUUAUCUCUACAUGUAU